ACCCUAUAUAAGGUCUGCAGCUGUCAGGUGGAGGACACUGGCUGCUUUGCGCUGAGGGACGACUCGCUUUAGGGAAUUACAGCUCUACAUACUCAUAGAUCCAAAACUGUUACCAUGUCUUGGGGAUACGAAGAGAACAACGGACCCGACAAAUGGGCUGAUAACUUCCCUAUUGCCAAUGGACCCCGCCAGUCUCCCAUUGACAUCGUCUCUGGUGCAUCAUCAUACGACAAGGGGCUGAAGCCGCUGAGCCUGAAGUACGACCCGUCCACCUGCCUCGAUAUCCUCAACAACGGACAUUCCUUCCAAGUGACCUUCGCAGAUGACACCGACAGCUCAACUCUGAAAGACGGCCCCAUCUCAGGGACCUACAGGCUCAAGCAGUUUCAUUUCCACUGGGGAGCUUCUGAUAACAAGGGCUCCGAACAUACUGUGAACGGGACCAAGUAUCCUGCUGAGCUCCAUCUGGUGCACUGGAACACCAAAUACAAAAGUUUUGGUGAGGCUGCUAGCAAGCCUGAUGGGCUUGCUGUUGUUGGAGUAUUCCUGAAGAUUGGUGGUCCAAAUGCCAGUCUUCAGAAGAUUAUUGACGCCUUUAAAGAUAUCAAGGCCAAAGGCCAGCAGACCACUUUUGGUGGCUUUGACCCUUCUACCUUGCUCCCUGGUUGCCUAGACUACUGGACAUAUGAUGGCUCCCUAACCACACCUCCUCUGCUGGAGAGCGUUACCUGGAUUGUCUGCAAAGAGCCAAUCAGUGUCAGCGCUGACCAGAUGGCCAAAUUCCGCAGCCUGCUCUUCUCCGGUGAGGAUGAGCCCGAGUGCUGCAUGGUGGACAACUACCGCCCUCCCCAGCCUCUCAAAGGUCGCUCUGUCCGUGCUUCCUUCCAGUAAUACCCCCUUCAGCCCUUUUUGCUCUUUCUGCCCUGUUGCCCUCUCCCCCUCCCCUUCCCUUUAGAUAGAGUUACCUCUCUUUGCAGUGAGCCACAAAGCACACAUAUCUCUCUCCAUCCAAUUUUUAAAAGAAAUUAAAUUCCUGUGACCCAUUGCUUUUGACACUGGGCAGUCUAUAUGAGAGAGAAGCACUCUCUAUUUCUGUGUGUAAUAAGCCAGCAAAGAUGCCCUGUCAUAAUUUAUUCUAUAAGACAAGCUGCAUCUGGUGCCAAUGUUUUCAGAGACAUUACACGGGUGUGUGUAGGUCUUCUUUGUGUCAAAAUGGUGCUUUCGAGCCAGCAGAAUGCAGAAACCACAAGCUAGUUGCAGUAGGCAGGGGGGAGGAUGAAACUACAUCACCAUCUGUGAGGGAGGUAAGAUGCACACACAGACAAACAGGACACAUACAAUCCCGCUGCCAGUCUGCCUGUAAUCUCUGACUGACUGCCAGCCUCUGCAUCACAGCAGCUUAAUGAAACGCUGCAGCCGCCUCCAUCACAACCGAUCGACUCAGAUAAUCCCCCUCUGGCACACAUGCACACACACAACAUGGCACGCACAGUCUCAUGCAGACACGAUGCCUAUAGGCGCUGACCUGCUUAUUGAUUUGAAUUCAGUGUACAGCAACAAAGGGCACAAGGACAGGCUACUGCUAGUGCUAGAUACUGAAUAUCAUGACAAUGGCUUAUUUCUGUAUUUACAGCCUAAUCUUGUUAUGUUUCAUGUUAUCCCAUGUUGUGUGUUCUUAGUAUUUUGGAUUAUGUAUUUGUUUUUGUAGCUUGCUAUCUUAUGCAAAAUAAGACUUAAGUGAUUCCUAAAUAAUGUUUUGUAACCAAAAUCUGCAUUUUUGCAGAUUCCCUGAUAAUAUAGCAAUAGAGAGGAAUUAUCCUCCUUUUCAAAAUGAAAUGUGAUGUGUAAAAAAAAUCCCUUCAUGUGUUGUUUUGAAAACCCUUUGUGUCGAGUGCUAAAGCUUUAAACGCACAGUCGCCUUGUGGGCUAAGCCAUAGUGGCUAAUGCACAAAGCCAAGGAAUAAAUUACCCUGCCAAGGAAGCC